AUGGCUAGCCCUGCCAUAAAACGUAAAUCAGAACAUACAUCCGGUCCAGACUCGAAGAAGCCCAAAGGUGGGAGCAUUACUGCAUUUUUUGGAGCUCCAAAACCGAAACCUGCGAGCACACAAUCCACCUCGACUCCAGCCUCACGUUCGAACAACUUCGAUAAGCAGAAAUGGGUGUCCUCCUUGACGACGGAACAGAAGGAACUACUGCAAUUGGAAAUUGACACUUUGGAUGAGAGCUGGCUAGCCCAUUUGAAGGAUGAACUGACCAGCACGGAUUUCCUGAACUUGAAGCGAUUCCUGAAGAAGGAGAAGGAUUCCAAAGUGAAGGUUUUUCCACCAGAGGAGGAUAUCUAUUCUUGGUCGCGACACACACCCUUGCACACCGUCAAAGUGGUCAUCAUUGGCCAGGAUCCGUAUCACAAUCACAACCAAGCUCACGGGCUAUGCUUCUCUGUCCGCGCUCCUGUACGAGCUCCGCCAUCGCUGGUCAAUAUAUACAAAGGAAUAAAGGUGGACUAUCCUGACUUCGAGGCGCCUCCUGACAAGGGAGGGCUCCUCAUCCCGUGGGCCGAGCGUGGUGUCUUGAUGCUCAACACUUGCCUCACCGUUCGUGCCCACCAGGCCAACAGUCAUUCCAACAAGGGCUGGGAGAAGUUUACACAGAAGGUGAUCGAUCUCGUCGCUCGAGUUCGAACCAACGGCGUGGUUUUCCUUGCUUGGGGCCGACCUGCUGGAACCAGAGUGGCCAAGAUCAACAAAGAGAAGCAUUGCAUUUUGCAAUCUGUACAUCCCAGUCCUCUGAGCGCGCAUAAUGGCUUUUUCCAAAACGGACACUUCAAGAAGUGUAAUGAUUGGCUUGCUCUGCGGUACGGAGAAGAUGAAAUGAUUGACUGGAGCUUAGUGCCAUCCCAGAAAGCCCCAUCGGCCCCUAAAUGUGUUUCCGACAAGGAAAACUCAACCACUUUGGCAAAUAAAGCGCCGAUCGAGGCAAACCCCGAGGUUAAAAUCCAACCUGUCAAGGUUGACGAGUUUGAUGACGAUGAGGCUAUCGAAGCUUUAGUGGCGGCUGAAGCAAAAGGAGUGCGCCCGGAGCUCCUUAUCGAUAACGAACCUUAUUUCGCACCUUAUCUUGAUCUGCCACUCUCAAUCGCUUCUGCUUCUCCUUCAAACACUUCUGAUGUGAUGAAGUCUGCAGGAUGGAACACACUUGGCUUGCGGAUAUUCCCCAGUCCCGGGGUCGCACUCGAGCCUUACGAGCUUGUCCCACUUGUCAACGAUCAAAGGCAUAAACGGUGCCGACAUUUGAUACCUAAAUGGGAACCUUUGAAUACAACUCCUCUAUCUCCACCCCAAUUGCACCAGUAUGGUCCUGACAGUUUAGUUAACACCGAUGGUUCGAAUCACGGACGAUCUCCUGCACCGGGUCAUCUAGACCGAGUGCGGACUGCAUCCGAUAGUGCAUCUACGUCAUCGGUCCCUGCCGCCGGGCGAUUCGUGGGAGACCUGAACCCAGAGUCCCUGAUUCGGGAAAGAUUGGAUGAGCCAACUGGGAACCCCCAACGGGGUCGCAUUGGCCUCUGGAUCAACUCGCCAGCUGCACAUAAUGCCAAACCUCGGAGCGGAUGGAGGGCACAAGCCGUAGGCAAAGAUUCUACAACCAAUAUCCCUUCACAAACGGCAAGAGAUAGUCAAACAGUUGCAUUGUUGCUCCAUCAACGGUUUGCCGCAGGGAUACAAGCAUGCGAGCAACUGCCCUUGGCUAUGCGGCUGCCUUUGUCCGCCAUCUACUUCUCCAAGGUCAAUCAUAUUGUGCCUAUAGUAGAUCGUGAAUUUCUAGAUGCGCAAGCAGAGGAUUCAGCAUCUGUUUUCCUUGAGAAAGCCAUAUGCCUCACCGCGGCAAAGACCCCCAUGGCCAGCCCCUACUUACGUCUUGUGCCGGACGGCCCAGUCUUACCCUCACGCCAAUUCUGUUCCGAGAUCUACGAGCAGCUGGUUGUUGCUAUGGACACCGAGCUAGAACCUGAUCGAUUGACACGGAUACGUGUUCUUGCACUGAUGUCUUUGCACUGUGAAGGCCAUGAAGGGGCCGAGGCAGCUUCUCUACAUCUUUGCCAGGCUAUCCAUCAGGCCCAAACGGUAGGAUUGCACCUUGAUCGGCCAAAUCAGACCUCCACAGAUUCACUAAGUGAACUUUUCUGGUGCCUUUGGACGUUGGACAAGAUGCAUGCAUGUAUUGGUGGACGACCGGUUCUGCUCGCUGAUCGCGAUAUCGGGCUUGCCAAACCCAAAGUCAAUGCGAAGUCACGAAGGGCAUUUGGCGUCUGGCUUUCUGUGUCAGAACUGCUUGCAACCGUAAUCUCGUUCUACCGACCCUCCGCGGAAUCUUCUGCUGGGUGGGAGGAGGGAUUCCCUUCUUUUGAGGAUAUUACUGGGGAGGAUACCCUAGAAGAUCUGGACUUCGCAACUCUGGCAUUUUUGGAGCUCUAUUAUCAUUCUGUUGCUAUCUUAUCCUGCCGAUCCAGACAUACUGAGGACAUCGAUAGCACCAGGCUCUCGUCUGUCAGGCAGGGACUAGCAGCUAUUCGCAUUCACGCUCUCGUCGCAUCAGAGUGUACAGAAGACCUUCCACCACUUCCAAUCGUGCCAUACGCAAUCACCCUGUCGAUGGGUGUCUCAUACCGACAACUCCGCUCAAGCAGGCUUAUCACACAUAUCAACCGAGCGAAAGCCAGUCUUGAGGCGUGCCGUUCACUGUUAGAAAAUCUGAGUCCGUAUUGGUAUUCUGCUGAGGGGAUGGCCAGGCUCGGGCAAAGGGCAUUGGACCAAAUUCAGGGCCAGCUGCAAUCUUCCCGAACAGACCGUGUAGGUCCACAACGCCAUGUGACAGUGCCCGCGCACAAGCAGCCCGGUCCGAAUGAUUCAAUGUCGAAGGGGCUAGAGACGACCCAUUUCGCACCACCUGGCAAUGAGUUCCCCCGAGCGAAGAGGCAGCGCAGUAGCAGCCAUGGAAUGGCCAAUGUAUCCACUGCCGCUGAUGUCGCAAUAGAGCCACUUCACCCCCCAAUGAGUGAUGUGGAUACCCAUGUACCCAAUGGGCUUGCGGACAUUGAUACCUUGUUCGGAGAGUUCCUGGACAUCUCUCUACCCACCAAUUUCUGGGAUCCUAUCUUUAUGGAGGAAAGUCGAGAGCAAACGGAUGAUCCGCGGUCAAAAUCAUCAUCAUUAUAA